UUCAAAAAAAUAGUCUGUAAUUCCCAUACUUAGUGCAACCAAGCCAUCACGCCAGAGUCCAGACAGACCUCCUCCUCAGUCCUCACUUUUGUCCUGCUGCCCUCCCCAGCCAAAACUCGCUGCACUCCCCAGUCCAGUCUUCGGUGCGAAGCUCUUGGAUCCACACCUCCAGAGAGAUUCCAUCUUGAGCCGGGCUUCUAGAAAAUUCCAGUAGAGCUGCUACAAAAUAUACAUGUAUUGUGUCGGCACUGAGCCACUGACACAAAAGGCUUCUUGAAUACUUGAAAACCCCUCCUCCAAUGAGGAGGUUUCCCUCCCUAAUUUCAAACCCCAAAAGACACCCUUCCCCUCUUCUUCCUCCCAUUACCCCCUCCAAAACCUCCAAUCCGCUGACACCCAAUAAUUCUCCGAAGCUCGUCCUCUUCCGAAUUCUCCGGGACCGUCCUAUCGACGAAGCACGUCGAGUGUUCGAUCAGAUUCCAUCUCCCGAUACUCAACUUUUCACCAUGAUGGUCGGCGGCUACUCGCGAGCCGGCCGUGUGGGUGAUGCAUUCCGCCUGUUUGAUGAAAUGCCGACGCGGGACGUUGCCUCUUGGAAUUGUAUGAUCAAGGCCUGCAUAGACUGCGGCGACGUAGAACGCGCUCGUAAGCUGUUUGACGAAAUGCCCGAACGGAAUGUGAUCUCUUGGACUACGGUUCUAAACGGGCUUGCGCAGGUUGGUCGUGUCGAUGAGGCCGAAGAGAUGUUCCGGAAGAUGCCUCACAGGGACACGGCAGCAUGGAACGCCAUGAUUUCUGGGUAUUGCACCAAUGGUAGAUUUGUGGAUGCUCGCCUGUUGUUUGAGAAAAUGCCGCAGCCGAAUGUUGUUUCUUGGACCGCGAUGAUCGGAGGUUAUGAUCAGAACGGGGAGAGCGAGAAAGCAUUGAGUCUGUUCCACCAGAUGUGCCGUUCCGGUAUUAAACCCUCCUCAAGCACUUUUGCUUGUGUGUUAACUGCUUGCGCCAAUGCGUCCGAUUUAGUACUGGGCACCCAACUGCAUACACACAUUAAAAAAAUAGGCUAUCUUUCGGACACUUAUGUAUCCACUUCUCUUGUCACACUCUAUGCCAACUGUAAAGAAAUCGAGAAUUCGAGAAAGUUGUUCGAUGAAAGUGGGGAUAGGAAUGUGGUCUCAUGGACGGCUCUUGUUACAGCUUAUGGCUUACAAGGUAGGCACGAAGAGGCAUUGGGUGAGUUCAAUAAGAUGGUUGAGUUCGGAAUCAGGCCAAACCAAUCUACGUUCACCAGUGCAUUGAAUUCGUGUUGCGGGUUAGAGGCUCUUGAUAGGGGAAAAAAGAUCCACAUGUGCACGAUUAAGCUUGGAUUGGAACUUGAUGUGUUUGUUGGGAACUCUUUAAUCGUCAUGUACUCUAAGUGUGGGAAUGUUGAUGCGGGUUUGACUGUGUUUAACAGUAUGAUGAGGCGGAAUCUUGUGACAUGGAACUCUAUCAUUGUUGGGUGCGCGCAGAAUGGCUAUGCAUCACUGGCCUUGAAAAUAUUCAAUGAUAUGAGUUAUUACCAUAUUCAGCCUGAUGAGAUUACUUACAUAGGUAUCUUAACCGCCUGUAGCCAUGCUAGGUUUCUCAACAAAGGAAAGUACUUUUUCCAAUUAGUGAAGGAGGACACUUCGGUGGAAGUGAAGCUUGAGCACUAUGCUUGCAUGGUUGAUCUUUUGGGUCGGUGUGGAAACUUGGAAGAAGCAGAGGACUUCAUUCGAAGCAUGCCGAUGAAACCGAACGUCACUAUAUGGUUGGUUUUGCUAAGUGCUUGUCGAGUGUACUCUAAUGUCGAAGUGGCUCGAAGAGCUUCCAAGGAGAUCUUCGAUCUUGACCCACAUAAUAGCGCGGCUUACGUACUGAUGUCCAACAUAUAUGCUUCUAAUAGUAGGUGGAAUGAUGUCUUACAAACUAGGGUUAUGAUGAGAUUUCGAGGGGUGGUGAAAUUGCCAGGAUUUAGUUGGAUCACAAUAAGAGAAUCGAGGCAUGAGUUUGUUUGUGGAGAUAGGUCUCAUCCCAUGGCCAAAGAGAUUUACAAAAAGUUGGAUUGGCUGAAAGGGAGGCUCAAGGAGUAUGGGUAUGUUUACGAUAAGAGGUUUGUGUUGCAUGAUGUGGAUGAUGAGCAGAAGGAAACAGUGCUUUCAUACCAUAGUGAGAAGCUUGCUAUAUCUUUUGGGCUUCUAAGCACCGUCGAAGGAAGCACGAUUAGGGUUAUGAAGAAUCUCCGGGUUUGCGGUGAUUGCCACUCGGCCAUAAAGCUCAUAUCGGUUGUUGUAGGGCGUGAGAUUGUUUUGAGGGAUUCAACUCGCUUCCAUCACUUUAAGAAUGGUUCGUGUUCUUGUGGAGAUUACUGGUAACAAGCAAGUUUGUGGCUCUUUCUUUUUUAUAAGUGAAAUUGUGAACUAUUUAAUGAAUGAUGUGAAGAACCAUAACUGUAAAAAGAAUUGCCGCAUCAUUUUAAGCAUACAAUGAUGUUGGAAAAUGACACGCAAUCGGUGCAAAAAAGAAGGGUGUUCUUGUUCACCACCUAUUGAUGUGUUAUUAUACCAGGAAUUAAAGAGAAAGGGAAUCUACUUCAGAUGCAGAAAUUCAAUGUUUCAAAGAGAACGGGGAUCUACUUCUUUGUUUGGUGCCUAGUAUCCAGAACUUUCGGACAACCUUGAGAUGUAUGAGAUUUUGGGCCAAACGUCGUGGAGUUCACUCAAAUGUCGCAGGAUUCCUUGGUGGUAUAAAUUGGGCGCUUCUCGUAACAUGCAUAUACAAAUGCGCUCCCCAGCAUGCUC